AUGGCCAUCAUCAAGCCAGCCACCGGCACUCUCCCCUCCCUCCGCACCUCCCAUCACAUCUCACAUUGCGCCCGAUCCUCCAUCUCUGCCUCGCCUCUCUGCGAUCGGUUGCAGCGACGACGACAAUAUGCCACAGUAAACGAAGUCAAUGAAAAGAAAUGGUCCGACGCAAAAGCUUCCUCUGGCGACCCCAUCCCCGAAUGGCCGAAAUCGCCGCGACCCACGCCAUACCAGGUCUUGGGCGUCUCCAAAAGCGCAAUUUACGAUAAGCGACGGUUCUACGACCUCGUCAAGCUCUACCAUCCCGAUACGCAUGACAGCCAAGGCAAUUCCUCAUCAGCAUCAUCGUUGUCUUCGUCUUCAUCAUCACACAUCAGCCACCUCCCCCACGCCACCCGCCUCGAACGAUAUCACAUGAUUGUCGCCGCCAACGAGCUCCUCAGCAACUCCUCCAAGCGGCGCAUGUACGACGCCUACGGCCUCGGCUGGUCCCACGGCGACGGCGUCACGACGCUGCGCGACAUUGACAGGAACUGGCGCCACCAGCAGGGCACCGCCGCGAACAAUGCCACGUGGGAGGACUGGGAGAACUGGCGGGACGCCCAGGCGGGAAAGGCCGGCGAGCCAGUCUUCAUGUCGCAUGGAGCGUUUGCCACCAUCGUCGUCAUGUUUUGCGUCGUCGGGGCCAUUGCGCAGACCAAUCGGGCGGAAAAUAGCAGCACUGUCUACGCUGGGUGGGUGGCUGAUCAGAACAACAAUGUCGGGCGCCGGCUGCAGAGGAACGAAGUCAUGGUCGCGGGGCUCAACAAGGAUGAAAGAGUCAACCACUUCUUGAGAGAGCGGGAAAACGUGAGUUACCAGUUUGUGCCAACCAAAUUCGAGACGACUGACCCGUCUCGGCCGUCAUAA